CUUUACUUGUGGUGUGUGUUCAAGUAGUUGCUGAGUUACAGUUGCUCGUAGGAAUAAUGAAGGAAGAUAGAAAAGAAUUAAUAUAUGGAAUACUAGUGGUCAUAGGUGCAUUUUGUCUCCACUUCAGUCUUGGACACUUCUAUACUGUCUCGAACAUGGCAACAUACAUUAUGUCAUACAUAGCAGCCAGAGUUGACAAAACUAUCAGUGAUAGCUCAGCUGUGUGGUUAUCUGCACUUGCCCUUGGAUGUCAGGGUCUGGCUAUGCCCGUAGGUGGGCUUAUGGGAAGGAAAUUUGGACCGAAAUCGACGAUGAUUGCGAGUUUGAUACUGGGAAGUGGAAGCAUUCUGUUAACAUAUAUUACUGUUCAGAAAACGUUUGUUGGUGUAGUUUUUACUGUUGGAAUAAUGUUUGGGUUUUCAAUGGGAGUUGGUUAUUCAGUUGCAAUAGCGUGUGCAGUUUCUUGGUUCCCUAAUAGAAGAGGAUUAAUUGUUGGCAUAAUUGUUGGGGGAUUCGGCUUAGGGUCUCUAGUUUUUACCCCUAUUCAAACUGCAUACAUCAACCCAUCUAACUUAAAGGUUAAUGUUGAAACAAGGCGUUUCACAGAUCCAGAGCUUCUUGAUAGAGUUCCAUAUGUUUUCUUGGUGAUGGGUUCAAUAUUAGCAUGUUUGCAACUAGUGGCAUGCAUAUUAGUUCGCAUGAAACCACCCCAUAAAAAGGAUGAGCAUCGGGAAGAAGAAGAAGGAAGAGGAUUGGGAGGUUCAAAAACGCAAACUCAUCCAUCAAAUGAUUUAAAAAGAAAGAAUUUUGUAAAGGGUGAUACACAGCCCCAAAAUAGUGCGAUAGAAGUGAAUAUUCGACCUGGCAGGCUAUUGCAUCAUAUUGACUACUAUCUUCUGAUUACAAUGAUGCUUCUUAACUGUUUUCCGAUAUCUGUUCUUACGAGUUCAUUAAAAAUCUUUGGACAAACUUAUAUAAGCGAUGACAGGUUUUUAUCAAGUAUAACAGCUAUCACUGCUCUUUUUAAUUCUGGUGGACGUAUAGCCUGGGGUGCUCUGGUGGAUCGUUUUUCAUUUAAGGUACCAGUCUGCGUACAAUUGUUCCUAUGGAGUUUAUUAUUGUUUACAUUUCCGAUUAUUGCUUAUACAACCGGAGUCGUAUUGAAAAUUUUAUAUUCUAUGUGGGCAUGUGCCUUAUUCUUCUUCAUGUCUGGUGUUUUUUCAAUGAUGCCAUCUGCAACUGGCACUAUAUUCGGUCCAGCAAAUUUAGCUGUCAAUUAUGGAUUGGUUUAUCUUGGAUUUUCCUUCGGAUCGAUACUUUCACUUCUGGUGAGCCUUUUCUGGAAAGUAUCUCCUGAAAUCUUCUUUGCGUUUUCUGCAUGCAUGUGCUUAAUUACUUUUGCCUUAUCCAUAUGGCUUGAUGACAGAAAAUUACCUGAAUCUUUACGUUUCAUGAAAUGGUUCUCAAAUCAUUGCUUAUCUAGAAGAGUUGGUUAUCAAUCCGCUGCUAAGACAACUGAAAAUUUAUGAAUUAUAAAAUGGAACUAAUAGAACUAAUUAUUUUUUGGGUUUUUUUAUUAGUUAGAAAAAAAAAAUACUUUUAUUUUAUAAUCAUUAAUUAUAUUGUGUGAGUAACACAAGUAAAGAUUUAUGAAUUAAGACAGAACUAAUAGAACUACUUAUUUUUCUGGGAUUUGUUUUUUAGUUGAAAAAAAAAAACAACUUUUAUUUAUAAUCAUUAAAUUGUGUGAGGAAUGAAUAUUUUACUUCAAAAUCAGUAAUCAGCACAAAUGCAGCAUGUAAAGCAAUUAGUCACAAUUUUUUUUCUCUUUUAAACUAGACUUUAUUCAUUUUUGACUGACUUUCUUACUUAAAAAAAAAUAUUUAUUUAAAUCUGGAAAUUUUUUGUUGCAAUAAAAAAAAGAAGCACGGUAAAAAUAGAAAUGUUCCGUUAAUGAA